CAUCGUCGUUCUCGUACGCCGGCAUCCCACCGAUGCGUGACGUUGAGCACUCCAUUCAGCUCGUGCCUGACUAUCGUGUUCACCACCAGACACCCUACAGACUCUYGAUCCCCKAGGCCACCGAACUCAAGCGUCAGCUUGAGGAGCUCCUGAGACUGGGUUUCAUUAAACCCAGCAACUCCCCGUGGGGUGCACCCGUCCUCUUUGCUCGCAAAGCAGAUGGAACUCUUCGUCUCUGCAUCGACUACUGCGGCCUCAACUGCUACACGGUUAAGAACAGCUACCCCAUGCCUUGUUCCAAUGAGCUGUUCGACCGCCUAGCAGGCAACCGCUUCUUUACGAAGAUUGAUCUUCGUAGCGGUUACCAUCAGAUCCGCGUCGCUACAGCCGACCAGCCGAAGACCACGUUCCGAUCGCGAUUCGGCCACUACGAGUUCACGGUGAUGCCAUUCGGCCUCACCAACCCACCCGCUACCUUCCAGAGGGCGAUGAACGACAUCUUCAGGGACAUCCUGGAGCAGUAUGUUCUCGUCUACCUCGACGAUAUCCUGGUCUAUAGUCGUACCCUUGAGGAGCACCUCAGACACCUCCGCGACGUCCUUGACCGCUUGCGCAGACAUGGCUUCUACGUCAAGCUAAACAAGUGCCGCUUUGCCCAGCACAAAGUGGAUUUCUUAGGACACUACGUGUCUGACCAGGGUCUCCACAUGGACGACGCGAAGAUCACUGCUAUUGCGGAGUGGCCCGCUCCCACAUCCGCCAACCAGCUUCGCAGCUUCCUAGGCCUGACCAGCUACUAUAGUAACUUCAUCCGGGGAUACGCUAGGUAUUCCUACGUCCUUACCUCCACCCUCCUCCGGAAGAACCUACCCUGGGCUUGGACACCCCUCCACGAGGACGCCAUCCGCGCCCUCAAGAAGGCGGUGACAUGCGGACCAGGUCUUCACCUACCCGAUUUUGACCGCCCUUUUAUCCUUACCACUGAUGCGUCAGACUUCGCUGUAGGAGCAGUGCUUUCUCAGGUCUCCCCCUCAUCUCCUGAUUCCUCUCAUCCUCGUAUCCCUCGCUUCCCACCACCUACCCCUACCACUGCUUCCUGACUCACGCCUACUCGUCUAGCUACUGACGAGCCUUCUAUUGACUAUUCUCCUACCAUCGCCGAGGACGGCACUGUCAAGUCCCGCUCAGGUGAUUGUCCGAUAGCCUUCUACUCCCGUCAGCUCCUGCCCGCCGAGAUAAACUACACUGCUGAUG